AUGUUUGCAGUAUCGUACAAUAACGCUAACCCUUUAAAAAAAGUGAUCAAUGGGUGUGAACUAGUUCCAGAAAAACGACUGUCCUAAUCUUGACAGUUUAAAGGACACAGAGGGUGUGAUAAACUUUGACUUCCAGAUUUUUGCUCAGUGGGAGGUUCUGAUCUGCCAUAUAAAUCACUACAUCCGUGGUUCAGUUGAGAGGAAGUGUGAGACGAAGGGCAGUAAGCUGUUGAAUCACUUCACUUGCAAGAUGUUAAGGUUAACUCUGUGGUUGUUAGUGGGAGUGUUUGUGUGUGCCUCCUGCGCCAUCACAUGUCCGGAUGGGAAUAUCUGCUCUGAUUCCACCACCUGCUGUCUGACUAAAAAUGGGUAUAGCUGCUGUCACUAUCCAAAUGCAGUGUGUUGCUCUGACUUGGCCCACUGCUGCCCUUCAGGGUAUCAUUGUAACGCGGUUACCCAGAUGUGUGAGAGAAAGCCGUGGAUGAUGAUACCCAUGGUGAAGAAGGAGGCUGCCGAGCAACCAAUCCCUCAUGUUCUACCUGUUUCUCCCCUUCAGGAGCCCGUGAACAAACAAGUGCCGGACCAAAUAAAGAGCUCAAUUGUUCAUUGUGACAACUAUUACGCUUGUCCUGAUGGCACUACCUGCUGCAGACACCCAACAGGUGUCUGGUUCUGUUGCCCGUACUCUCCUGGAUGGUGUUGUCGGGAUGGCUACCACUGUUGUGCUUGGGGCUACGACUGUGACGUCACUUAUACGCACUGUGUGAGGAGGCAAGGCCUGAGAUAUCCUUUCAUCCCCGACCAAAGUAAGCCGUCAGUGCCUGCCUCUCUCAUUCUGCCUUCAGAGGAAAAAAGCAGCUUGCAAGAGACACCAAUGACAGCUCUGGCAGAAGCCAGUGAUGUCAACACUGCGGAUGGAGCCAUUCGCUGUGACCCCAGGUUUUACUGCUCAGCUGGGACAUCUUGCUGCAAAGCAUCCACAGGCAAAUGGAACUGCUGUCCCUUCAAACUGGGCCAGUGUUGUGCAGAUGGUCGGCACUGCUGUGCGUAUGGAUUUAAAUGCGACUCCACCUCCACCUCAUGCAAAGGACAGUACUCUGAGAUCCCCUCAGGAGCACAGGAAGACGCCAAAACCGUCUGAGGACAAGUGUGUGCACUGUGACAGCUUUGCCAUUAUUAACGUACAUUUUCCAGAUCAAAUCUAAUGCAUCAUCAUCAGGCCUAGAUGACGGCUGAAUGAGUGAAUAAUGUGCUUGUAACCUCAAAAAAUGAUUCCUCUCCAUGGUGAAUUCCUUUUUAGAUGAAUGUUACUGUCAUCUGUAUUGGUUCUCACAAGGGAUGAAAUGUAAACAUUUCUUUUCAAUAACCAGUUUAGCAAGAUGUUUUAGCUUAUCCAUGGCUGCGGUUUAGGAACUAUGUUGAGACUGUUUGAUCUGAAGAUUCCUUUAGAAAUACACAAGUCAUGGAAAACUGAAUGCCAACCUCAAUCAUUUCAUAAUCUUUUCUAAUGAAGCAGAUAAUUGAACACUUGCAAAAAUAUGAACUUCUUUAAAUAAAAAAAAAAAGUCAAAUA